AAUCAGCAAUCUCAAAGACAAAACAAUUAUUUAAUAAUCCCGCAGUGCAUAUUCAGUCAUUUUUGUACAUUUUCCUAAUGGAUUAGAAGGUCAGCAAGGGAAGAAUCUCUCUCUCUCUCUCACACACACACACAAACGUUCAAACAUGGGGCAGGUAUGAGCAAGGUAUAAAAGGUAGCUUUACUUGUGUGGGAGAAGACACUCAUCACGCUCCGCCGGAAGUCGAGAACAAAGCCAUCAUGUUUUGGACAAGAUACGCUGAAGCAAGCAUUUUCUUGUUGUUAAUGAUUCUUCAUGUCGGACAACUGUAUUCAAGAAACGAUGUGUCUAACUAUGGAUGUGAAGAGUGCAAACUCAAGAUGAACGAACGUUUCUCCAAACCCGGGGCUCCGGUCUAUCAGUGCGUGGGCUGCUGCUUUUCGAGAGCUUACCCCACACCCCUGAGGUCCAAGAAAACCAUGCUUGUCCCAAAAAACAUCACAUCAGAAGCCACUUGCUGUGUAGCAAAAGAAUCUAAAAUGGUUGCCACGAAUAUCCCACUAUACAACCACACAGACUGCCACUGCAGCACCUGUUACUAUCAUAAGUCUUAAAACACACUCUCUUCACAUUUCUCAAAUGCUCAUUUCCUGUUCUUAAAUCACAGUGACUCAUGAAAUAUGAUUUUUAUGUAGCUUUCCAUAUUUCAACUGUGGCCAUUUCCAAUUCGUUUCUAAAAUGGUUGGCAUAAUUAUUGUAAACUGCAUAUUCUGUCACUUUCAUAGACCUUAAAGGGAUUGUUCACCUAAAAAUUAAGAUUCAAGUGGGUGUCCAAACUCAGUCCUGGAGGUCUGAUGUCCUGCAGAUUUUAGCUCCAACUUGCCUCAACACACCUGCAAGGAUGUUUCUAGAAAGUCUAGUAAAGCUGCGGUGACAUUAGAGUUUGAGCAUGCGAUAUUUUGUCGUGCGGCGCUGCGAAAAGAGGCGGGAUUUAACAAGCUUAUUAUACAUUUUAAAAAGUAAGCAAUUACUCCAUAUUUUAAAUUCCUGUCCAGAGAGGUCAUGUUUUGAUACUCGAUUGGUCUCACGCAGUCAAGUGAUGCGAUUUCUCAGGUCAGAGUUCACCAAGCUUGAACUUUGCACCGCAGCAACCUGCAAAACUUGACGCACAACCUUGCGCUUCCGGUCUGACGCAUUCACGUGCGUAUGAAUGGAAGUCUAUGGGGAGAAAAGUCAAGUGUGACCACAGCUUAAGAGCUUGAUUAGCUAGCCCAGGUGUGUCUGGUUGCGAUUGGAACUAAACUUUGCAGGACACCGGCCCUCCAGGACUAAGUUUGGACACCCCUGCUCUAAACCUUUCCUUGCUGAAAAUUCCAGCUUAAAUCAGCCUAGGAUGGUUGGCUGGUUUUAGAGGGGUUUUAGGCACUACCAGACUGGUUUCCAGUCAUUUCCAGCCUGGUCUUUGCUGGUCAGGCUGGAAAGUGACCAGCUAAAACCAUCUAAAACCAGCUUGACCAUCCUGGUUUAAGCUGGACAUAGCUGAUUUAGGCUGGGCUCCCAGGCUGGCUAGGCUGGUCAAGCAUCUCCCAGCUUGUCCAGCUAACACCUGGCUGGAAAUGGCUGGAAACCAGCCUGGAAGUGGCCAAAACCCCUGUAAAAUCAGGCUGGUCGACCAGCUAAAACCAGUCAAUCAUCCUAGACUGGUUUAAGCUGGAUUUUUCAGCAGGGUUAUGAGUUUCUUUCUUCAGUUGAAUGAACAAUUUUAAAGAAAGCUGGAAACACCACUAAAACUGAAGUCAGUGGUUUCCAGCUUUCUUCAAAGAGGAAAGAAAGUUGAACAGAUUUGAAUGGAACAAGUAAAGGGUGAGUAAAUAAUGACAGAAUUGUAAUUUUGGGUGAACUAUCCCUUUAAGAGCGUAAUAUGCCAUCCUUUACUAUCAUUAAAUCGCUUAUUUAUUUUGUUGCCUUUACUGUGACAUUCUUCAAAUCUAUAAAUGAAAUAAAAGAUUGCUGAAGACAU